GUGUGAGCUGCUGUGUGUAGAACUGUGUGAAGAACUGUGUGAGCUCCUGCGUGAGGAGCUGCUGCGUGAGGAGCUGCUGCGUGAGGAGCUGCUGCGUGAGGAGCUGCUGCGUGAGGAGCUGCUGCGUGAGGAGCUGCUGCGUGAGGAGCUGCUGCGUGAGGAGCUGCUGCGUGAGGAGCUGCUGCGUGAGGAGCUGCUGCGUGAGGUCGGGAUCAUGGUGGAGAUGGGCUGAGGGCUGCGCACCUCAAAGCAUUUAUUUGUCCGGGCAGGCAGAAGUUGGGAAUAGUUUGUGGUCAGUGCACCCCACACCCACCCAUGCCUUACGUGGACCGGCAGAACCGCAUCUGUGGUUUCCUGGACAUAGAGGAAAAUGAGAACAGUGGCAAGUUCCUGCGUCGCUACUUCAUACUGGACACACAACAGGGGAGUCUGGUGUGGUUCAUGGACAACCCACAGAACUUGCCUGUGGGAGCAUUAUGUGUUGGCUCCCUCAAACUCACGUACAUCUCCAAGGUCAGCGAUGCCACUAAGCUGAGGCCCAAGGCAGAAUUCUGUUUUGUGAUCAAUGCUGGAAUGAGAAAGUUCUUUCUUCAAGCCAAUGAUCAGCAGGACCUUGUGGACUGGGUCAAUGCUCUCAACAAAGCUACUAAGAUCACUGUGCCAAAGUCAUCCGAUGCCCAACACAACUCCGAGAAACACAGAAGUUUGCCAGAUGUCUUAGGAACCAAGAAACAAGUCUCCUAUAGGACAGAGAUCAUCGGAGGAGUCCCCAUAGUUACACAGACACAACAGGAAGGGGCAGAUGGAGCAGAGAAAGGUGACCGUGAGGCGAUGCAGCGCUCCCACAGUCAGCUGCCGUACUUCCUGGGGAGGCCUUCUCAGGAACACACAGUCAUUAAAUCUGGAUAUUGUGUCAAGCAAGGAGCCGUGAUGAGAAACUGGAAAAGGCGCUAUUUCCUUCUGGAGGAAAAUGCUAUGAGCUACUUUAAAUCUGACUUGGAAAAGGAACCCCUCCGAAUGAUUCCACUAAAAGAAAUUCACAAAGUCCAAGAGUGUAAACAGAGUGAUAUCAUGAUGCGAGAUAAUCUGUUUGAAGUGGUCACCACAACUAGGACUUUUUACAUACAGGCUGACAGUCCAGAGGAGAUGCAUAGCUGGAUCAAGGCUGUAUCGGGAGCUAUUGUAGCCCAAAGAGGACCUGGAAGAUCUUCUGCUACAAUGCGGCAGGCCAGACGGCUGUCGAACCCCUGUUUACAGAGGUAUACGUCCCGAAUCGGGGAGUGCAGCAGCACGAAAACAGCGGUCGCACCACUGCAUUCUACCGCACACCCGCGGGUCCCCCCCUCCCUCGCUCGCCCAUAUCUGUCGUGCCAGCAUCUUUCCCAGAGUGGGGGUCAUGCCCACAGCCUGGCCUGGGACAGCGAGCACUUCAUGAGCCUACUGCCUCGGCCCAGCCAUGUACCAGCGCGCCUAUCCCUGCAGGAGACACACCUGGCAAAGUGACCUGCCUAACACCCACCAUCUCUACCACAGUAACUGAGUGUGAUGUGUCACCAUGGCGACGGAGGAGCAGCUUUGAACCCAUAAUGCCUGAACUUCCCUUAAACCUGGAUGACGCCGACCUUCCCGUGAGUCUGGUCUGAGCCUUGUAGCAGAGUCUUCACUUACAUUGAAUUACUGGUGCAUAAAUUUUGAACUGUAAACUAUUCUCCAUUGGAAAAGCCCUCAAGAAACAAAAGUAUCUCUAAGAACUGUGGAACCCACUCAUCACUUUCCUGUCUUCUAAGUUGAACGGGGUAUUUAUUACCCAACUUAAUGUUGUUUUAAAGCAUUGGAUUCUGUUUUAGCACAAAAAAAAUGCUUCAAAACUAUUUGUGCGCUCCAGAGACUUUUAAACCACAUUUUCCAUUAUGAGGUAUUUUAAUAAUCCACUUUUUCUUUGUGAAACAGAGGGACCUAUUGUAUUUUUAUGCAAGCUGCCACAAACACACACAUUGAUACCAUCCCACUACAAUGUACUGUAUGCUAUUUCACACCAAUACUGUAUUUUAGCCCUGGAAAUGUGCAUUAUUUAGGGCUCCAUGUAAAAGUCUGACCAGCAGUUGUUGGCAGUGCUAAGUCAUGUCUGAUACAGUAAUACAAAGUAAAACUUUUCUGUGUGUAAAAAUGCCAAUAGUAUCUUAAUAUUUAAAACAACAGUGUGUGUGUAACUAUGUAAAGUAGCAUACACCGUGGCAUUUUUGUCCUCUGGUGGUAGAGAUGUGAAAAUGCUCUGCAAAAGAAACAUCCUUGUAGCCUUUUUGAACAUGUAUACAAUAGAUAGAGAUCAAUGAUGGAAGCUAAUGUUUUUUUAUUUUUAUUUACAACCUAAUAAUUAUGCUCAGUCACACUUGUGUUGCAUAAAUACCACUUUUUAUUACCUUGUAAGCUGUGUGGAAAGUAACAUUGUGUACUUUUGCUUUUUAUCCACUGUUUACCCAGUAGCAGGCAGCUUCAUUUGUUCCACUGAAUUUCUUUUUGUUUUUAUCAUUUUAGCAUUUGCUUUUCUUUAACUAAUAAUCAAAGCUAACCAACUUCAUCUCUGUCCAAUCUGAUGACAUGCUUUGCAACUGUGUCUAUUUAUUUUAUGAUUGACUUGAAAAAAAUAAACACUGCAAAUGUG